ACCUCUAGUCUAAGUUUACCGUUGUUUUUUUCGCUGGACGCCAAAAAGUGAUCGUUGCAAAAGAUUAGUUGAAGCCACUUAAAGUUUAAACCCAAAAUGGCGGGGGCGAGGAAAAGAGCUGGCUCGCAAAUCGUGAGUGCGGUUCGGCCAAAAUCGCCAAGAAAAAGUACAGUCGCCGAAUCUUUGGGUACUCAAAUCCCCAAGGAGAACUUUGGGGACGCUAAAAGGACCCAAAUACAAGAAAAACCCCCACCACUUGAAAAAGUUUUCAAGAAAAGGGACGUUCAAAGGGUACCCCGCUGUGAGACACCAAUAAAUAAACCACCAAAAAGUCCAAAACCUGAAGUUAAACCUUUGGAAAAACCAACUCCCUCUAUCCCCGUGAAGUCCCCGAAAAAAAAGUUCAAGAAGUUGCCCAAAACACCGGAAAUGUUGUGGAAAGACAUCAAGAAUUUGUCUCCUGGUACUGGGGCAAUUCUAGAUUGUUUUAUGAAGCAGCACAACGAAUCACUCUCAAAUUUGAAAAGGCGAGACUCCAUGACUAGCAAGAAAAUGCGGGAAAUCACCAUGGACGCUUUGAAAAAAAAUACGGAAAAUGUUAGCCUGAACAAAAAGUUGGCUAACACCCAGCUGGAGCUGACCCAUUUGAAGAAGGAACUGGCGGACCAGAUGGAAAAGAACACGGAGAACAUCAAUAAAUUUAAAAAGAUCAAUCAAAAGUUUACCGAGUGCGAGAAAAACUACGAUAAGGAGCUGGGAAUCAUAAAAGCUUGCGUGGAGAUGAAAAACUCCGAAGUUAAAGCCGCCCAAUCUCGAAUUGGAGAACAGGAUCGCGAGCUGAAAAAUAUGCAACAAACCAAUCGCGAAUUGGCUGGCGCCAUGAGUAACUAUAAAUUGGAAAUGGAAAAGGCCCAAAUGAAUAACUCUGAGAUUCUGGCGCACCUUACUGAACUGACGCAGGCAUACGAUGCCCUCAAGCAUCAAUUUAGUGAUUUGAGUGCACAAAAGGAUAUUUGUGAGGCAAACAUUGUACAACUGAGCACCGAGUUAAACGAUAAAAUGGUUACCUGCGCCGAACUUGAAGAUCGCGUUGAACAGCUUCCCAUAGAAGCGAAUAAGGCUUUGUCAAAACUGCAAAAUGAGUUGGAAGCCAACCAAAUGCGCUGCCAGGAGCAGCAACGAUUGACCGAUCAAGCCGAAAAAGAGCUUGAACUAUCUCGAAACGAGAUUAAUACUUUGAAAACUCUUAUGGAGGAAAGGGAAAGAAGCCACAUUAACCUUACUGGUGAACACCAAAAAAUGACGGCUAGACUGGUCGAACUCGUUGAUAUCAACGAACAUUAUUCUAAGGAAUUGGCUGAUACUAAUUUAAAGCACUCUCAAGAUAUGAAGAAAGCAGCUUAUAAGCACGAGACCGCCAUUCGUGAGCUAAAAAGCCAAUUGGACAAGGCAUCUCUUGAUUUCACAAAGCUAAAGGACAGCAGUGAGGCACUACAAAAGGAAAAACUUCUGGAGGCCUCGCAACUCCAAGGAGAGAUUGAUGCUUUAAAGUUGCAUCGCAGUAAUGAGCAGGAGGUUAUAACAAAAUUGUCCAAUGAACUUGAAAUAAAAACUUACAGUUUUGAAGAAAAACUAAAGGUACAGCACGAUCAGCUUUCCAAUCGAAUGCAGGUCAUGAGGACCGAAUUUGAAACCGAGUCUCAGCGAGCUGCAGUGGAAAUUGAGAGACUUACAGUUGCCCUGCAGCAAAAGGAUGAAAGGUUCAAAACUCAACAGGAGAAGUUGCGAAGUCUUCUGACUGAUCAUGAUAAGCUAAAGGAUACUUUGGCCCAUCUUGAGGCUAAAAAUGAGAAAAUGGCUAAUGAAUUUUCUGCAUCUAAGUUUCAAUUAAGUCAAGAGCUAAAGACCCAGAAAGAUAACUUAAUGAAAAAGGUUUCCGGAUUGGAGCUCGAAAUUAAAAACAAAGAAGCCAAAAUGCUUGAAUUGGAACGGGACAAGAAUAAUGAAAUGGCCGUACUCCAGUUCAAAAUGAACCGUAUUAAUAGUGUAAUCGACCAACCAGUGACGACAAUAUCUAAACUCCCAGAACCCAAGGGGCUGUCCAAAACUCAAAGCAACCCGAAUAAGGUACAACCGGAAGAAUCCGAUGGUUUUCCGAGCUCUUCUUCAAAGAAGCGUACUGUUCGACGUCAUCGAAUUACUACCAUACAUGCAUCAGACUUCGAAAGUGAAGAUGACCUCCCUAUUGUAAAAGAACCCACUAGCGGAAAACGCCCCAAAUUAUCUGCAUUUGUUAAACCACAGGCGGAACCAGAUUUGUUUGACAUGCUGAAGAGGUCAAAUUAGUUAAGAAAACGUACUACGUUUUUGAAGUCAUAUUACCUUUUUAAUUUUCAAAUAAUACUGAAGAAUACUGAGUUCAGAAAUGAAUUCAGAACUUUCCAUUUCAUUUACAUCUAUUUCUUUAAAAACUUGUAUCUUCAAGUUAUUUCUAAGAACAUGAUUUCUUUUUCAUUGUCCUAACUUUCUUACAUUGUUGAAUUAAUAUUCUCAUAAAAAUAAUAGAUUAAGGUUCAAAACAAAAACAC